GGAAUCGUGGCUGCGAGGUGGGGCCUGGGACUUUCUCAGGACGAAUGAGAUCCUGCCAUUUUCGCUGAGGGUCUGAGUGUUGGUGUGGCUUUAAAAGCGCGAGAGUCUCAGAGAUACUCCUCCUGCCUGUCCUGAGCUUCCAUGAAAGCACCAUCAGGGAAUCGACAGCUCCUCGGUGUCGGCCCCACCUUGAGCCCCGGGUUCCACCUUCCCCGAUUCAGCACCUCCGGCGCGGACAGCUCCUCGCUGUCGCCUGCACUCCCGGCCCCGGGCCCGGGCGCAGACGCUCCUCGGCGUCCGCUCAAGGGGACGACUCCUGCUCCCCGCUAUCCCAGACCCUUUCUCUGGCGCAUGGAGACCCUGGGGGUCGGCGAAGGGGCAGAGGCGUGCAGCAGGUUGAGUCGCCCUCGCGGCCGCCACGGCACGGCCAGAGCCCCGAAGCACCUGUGGCGGCAACCCCGGCGCCCCAUCCGCAUCCAACAGCGCUUCCUUUCGGACCCGGAGAAGUCCGCGGGCUGCCGCGAGCAGGACCUGAGCCCGCGCCCCGGCCUCAGGAAGUCGAGGCUGUCCUGGCCCAUUUCCUCCAGCAGGCGCUUUGACCUGGAAAAUGGGCUCUCAAGUGGGAGGAGCGCUCUGGACCCUCAGUCCAGCCCUGGCCUGGGCCGGGUCGUGCAGGCUCCUGUCCACCACAGCCAGCGCCGUGAGUCCUUCCUGUACCGCUCAGAUAGCGACUAUGAUCUCUCACCCAAGGCCAUGUCUCGGAACUCCUCUGUGGCCAGCGACCUACAUGGAGAAGAUAUGAUUGUGACGCCCUUUGCCCAGGUGCUGGCCAGUCUGCGGACGGUUCGGAGCAACGUGGCGGUCCUUGCCCACCAGCAAAGCCGAGGAGCAGCCAAGCAGGGACCCGUCGGAAACCUUUCAACCAGCCAUCAGCCCGCUCCGCCUGCAGAGGACACGGGGCAGAAGCUGGCAUUGGAGACGCUAGACGAGCUGGACUGGUGCUUGGAUCAGCUGGAGACCCUGCAGACCCGGCACUCUGUGGGGGAGAUGGCUUCCAACAAGUUCAAGCGGAUCCUGAACCGGGAGUUGACUCACCUGUCCGAAACCAGCCGCUCCGGGAACCAGGUGUCGGAGUACAUCUCCCAGACCUUCCUGGACCAGCAGACUGAGGUGGAGCUGCCCACAGUGACCGCUGAGGAGCCUCCGAAGCCCGUGUCCCAGAUCAGCGGCCUACAUGGGCUCUGCCACAGUGCCAGCCUCUCCUCAGCCACCGUCCCACGCUUUGGGGUCCAGACUGAGCAGGAGGAGCUGCUGGCAAAGGAGCUAGAAGACACCAACAAGUGGGGACUUGACGUAUUCAAGGUGGCAGAGCUAAGUGGGAACCGGCCGCUCACAGCUAUCAUAUUCAGCAUUUUUCAGGAGCGGGACCUGCUGAAGACAUUCCAGAUUCCAGCAGACACACUGGCCACCUACCUGCUGUUGCUGGAGGGUCACUACCAUGCUGAUGUGGCCUAUCACAACAGCCUCCACGCUGCCGACGUGGCCCAGUCCACGCAUGUGCUGCUGGCUACACCUGCCCUCGAGGCUGUGUUCACAGACCUGGAAGUCCUGGCUGCCCUCUUUGCAAGCGCCAUCCACGAUGUGGAUCAUCCCGGGGUCUCUAACCAGUUUCUGAUUAACACCAACUCAGAGCUGGCGCUUAUGUACAACGACGCCUCGGUGCUGGAGAACCACCACCUGGCUGUGGGCUUCAAGCUGCUGCAGGCAGAGAACUGCGACAUCUUCCAGAACCUCAGCACCAAGCAGCGACUGAGUCUGCGCAGGAUGGUCAUUGACAUGGUGCUGGCCACGGACAUGUCCAAACACAUGAACCUCCUGGCCGAUCUCAAGACCAUGGUAGAGACCAAGAAGGUGACAAGCCUCGGCGUCCUCCUCCUGGACAACUAUCCCGAUCGUAUCCAGGUCUUGCAGAGCCUGGUGCACUGUGCCGACCUGAGCAACCCCACCAAGCCGCUGCCCCUGUACCGCCAGUGGACAGACCGCAUCAUGGCUGAGUUCUUCCAGCAGGGAGACCGCGAGCGUGAGUCGGGCCUGGACAUCAGCCCCAUGUGUGACAAGCACACGGCCUCAGUGGAGAAGUCCCAGGUGGGUUUCAUUGACUACAUUGCCCACCCAUUGUGGGAGACUUGGGCUGACCUGGUCCACCCAGAUGCACAGGACCUGCUGGACACGCUGGAGGACAAUCGAGAAUGGUACCAGAGCAAAAUCCCCCGAAGCCCCUCCAGCCUCACCAACCCCGAGCGGGGCGGGCCUGACAGAUUCCAGUUUGGGCUGCCUCUGGAGGAGGCAGAGGAAGAGGAGGAGGAGGAGGAAGAGGAGGGGGAAGAGACAGCUUUAGUCAAAGAGGCCUUGGAGUUGUCUGACACUGAACUGCCCCCCAAAAGCUCAGGAGUUUGAGACUCUGGGGACCUACCCCUUGACAACCAGAGGUCUUAGGGCCAGCCCUGCGUGAACUGUGAGGGCCGUGGGUUGGUGAAACCCUCUGACUUGCAAGCAGACUUUCCAGGAAGACGCCCCAUGUGGUCCCUGCUUCACUUUCCCACCCGUUGAGGGAGACAAUCAAGCUCUUAGUUUUAGGCAGCGCUCAGGGUCUAAUUGGAGGCACCUGGCUGGGGUCCACUCUGACCCCCGGCUUGCCGAAAAGAGCUCUCUAAGGGGCAGCCUCUCACAGUGCCCUUGGGAUCUUUCUCCCGGACUUCUCUCCCUGGCGUGGAGAGGUGGUGUCUGCUAGAGCCUCUUGUCCAUCCUCUCCAGUGGUCACUCUUGAGCCACAUCUCAUUUAAUUCUUUCCUUCUUUAUCAAAUAUUUAUUGCCCAUUUACUUAGUGCCAGCGUUAUGCCUCUGUAGCAGGCCUGCACAAGGGGUGGGGAGUCAGGAGACCAUUCCAAAGGCAUCUCCCUAUCUUCCUCUACCAAGCAGCUCUCUGCAAGAGCAUGAGACGGCAAAUGGGGGUAUUUUCGGCACCAAAGCUUCAUUCAUACCCAAUGUUGUUUCUGAAGCUGUGGUAGGAAGCAGGAAGGGGGCAGAAAAGAGAGGCUGGGCAAGGUGUGGAGGCUCAUGCCUGUAAUCCCAGCACUGUGGGAGGCUGAGGUGUGAGUACUGCUUGAGCUCAGGAGUUUGAGACCAGCCUGGGCAACACAGCAAGACCCCCGUAUCUGCAAAACAUAAAAAAUUAGCCAGGCAUGGUGGUGUGCACCUGUAGUCCCAGCCACUCAGAAGGCUGAGACAAAGAUGAUUGCUUGAGCCCAGGAGUUGGGGGCUGAAGAGACUUAUGACUGUACCACUGCACUCCAGCCUGGGCAACACAGCAAGACCCUGCCUCAAAAAAAAAAAAAAAAAAAAAAAAAGAGAGGGGGCUCUGAGGCUGGGCGCGGUGGCUCACACCUAUAAUCCCAGCACUUUGAGAGGCCGAGGCGGGCGAAUCACCUGAGGUUAGGAGUUUGAGACCAGCCUGGCCGACAUGGUGAAACCCCAUCUCUACUCAAAAUACAAAAAUUCGCCAGGCGUGGUGGUGGGCACCUGUAAUCCCAGUUACUUGGGAGGCUGAGGCAGUAGAAUCGCUUGAACUCAAGAGGCUUGUGGUGAGCUGAGAUAGCACCAUUGCACUCCAGCCUGGGCGACAGAGCGAGACUCCGUCUCAAAAAAAAAAAUAAUUUGCCAGGCACGGUGGCUAACGCCUGUAAUCCCAGCACUUUGGGAGGCUGAGGUGGGUGGAUCGUCUGAGGUCAGGACUUCGAAACCAGCCUGGCCAAUAUAGUGAAACCCCACAUCUACUAAAAAUACAAAAAAUUAGCUGGGCAUGAUGGUGGGUGCCUGUAAUCCCAGCUACUAGGGAGGCCAAGGCAGGAGAAUUACUUGAACCCAGGAGGCAGAGGUUGCAGUGAGCCAAGAUUGUGCCAUUGCACUCCAGCCUGGGUAACAACAUCAAAACUCCGUCUCAAGAAAGAAGGAGAGGAAGAAAGAAAGAAAGAAAGAAGGAAGAAAGGAAGGAGGGAGGGAGGGAAGGAAGGAAGGAAGGUCGCUGUGCCCGGCAUAUCUCUGAAGACUGAUUUAACCUAUGCCCCAGUUGUUGCUUUAAGUCGCUAUGUUUUCUGUCUUCGGUGUCUGGAUGUAGGAGCUCCCUGCUUUCUCUGUCCUCGGGACCCCAUGCUGGGUCCCCCACACAUUCCUCCUUCUCUAGGACAGCAACAAAAACACACAAUUGUUCCUCCUAGCAGGUCUCUAAGUCUCCUGAUUCCUGAAACUGCUCCCCCUAGAGGGAGGGAGGCCCCAGAGGCUUUCUUGCCAUCAUAGCCCAUCCUGGGCCUCAGUUUCCCCUCUGUAACCUGAUCCUAGCACUUGCACAAACUCUGAUUGGAGGUUGGGGGUUGUUGUCUGUGACCUCCCUGAAAUAUCCUAGACAUUUGGGGUACUGAGCACUUCUUUGGGAUUAAAUAAAAUCUUUACAUCUUAA